CCUUGUCCUUCUUUUAAGACAUUGGGCUGCCAAACGGUCCAAAAUGAGUUCUAUGUGCGGAGGAAAGGCUACAAAGAGAAGUAGCAGUAAAGAAGAAGACGGCUUCAAAAUGGUGGCGAAAACGAAAACGAAGACGAAGACAUCCAAUGAUCCAAAGGGCACUGGAGAAAGAACCGUCAAAGCUCGUUUAGGUGGUGCUGGUGGUGGUGGCAGUGCAAGGAAGGCAGCUAAGAUGGAAGGGGACGUGAGGAAGAGGGUCGUCGGAGAUUCCAUUUCUUGUUCGCCGGAGAUAGGAUGUUUGCCGGAGAAUCUGUUGGAAUCGGAGGACUGGCCAAGGUUGUCGAGUCUGUUGGAUGAGCAGCAGAUGCUUUGGGGGUUGUUGUGGUUCCCGUGUUUGGACAAGAAGUACUCGUCCAUGAAUGGGCUGUGUGGGCUUGAAGAGAUUCUAUGGGAGGACGAUUUAUGGAACCUCAAGUCCAUCAAACAGAUACCCAACAAACCAAAAGAUUCAAUACGAUACAGUGAGGACCAAACAGAAACACAGUGAGUGUGUGAGGGUUGUCUGUGUGUGUGUGUGUGUGUGUGUGUGUGAGAGAGAGAGAGAGAGAGAGAGAGAGAGAGAGAGAGAGAGAGAGAGAGAGAGAGAGAGAGAGAGAGAGAGUACCUCAGCUAACUCUAUGAAUAAAAUCUCCUCCUUGAGGAGGAUUCAAAGAUGGAAGAAAAAAGGAAAAAGCAAAAUAACAGACGAGAUAAGAAGGGAAUAGAGUCACAGA